CUCAGAUUAAUUCUUUAUCUUUCCUGUAAAAUAUUGUUAAUUAUAUGUAUUAAAUGGCAUUUAUUACAUUUAUCAAAUGCUUAUAAAUUAUCGUAUUGUAUUAUUUCACCAUGUUUCAAAAAAUAUUCAAAAACACACCUUUGUAAAAUUCCUCAAAAAUCAGAAAUUUAUAUCCAGCUUCUCUAAAUUUAAUCAUUACACCUAUAACAAAAACUUCAAACUAAAUAAGAAUAACACAUUAAAGUUUAACAAAUCAAACUAUGUUACCCAUAGUAAGGAAGAUGUUUAUGGCUAUUUCGGUUUAAAAGUUAAAACCCCUUUAGAUUUAUUAAAGUUAACCAAUGAUUCCAUUAAUUAUUCUCAAUCGUUAGUUCAUAACCUAAUUAAUUCCUCUGGAAACAAAAUUGACAAAGUAAAACGGUAUAAAAAAGACCACGAAAAUGAGAGUAACAAGGUUUUAGAAGUGAUAGAUGACAUAUCUAACGUCCUAUGUUCAAUAGCUGAUCCAUGUGAAUUGUUACGCCAUGUCCAUCCGGACGAAGAAUGGCGUAAAAUGUCAAAUACCUGUAUAGAAAUGGUUUCUGAGUUUAUUGUUAAUAUCAACGUUAAUGAAAGUAUUUACAAGUUGUUGAUGGAGAAUUUAAAGGAGAAACUAACAAAUGAAGAAAGUUUUGUACUAAAACAUAUGGUUAGGUCUAUGGAACAACAGGGAGUUCAUUUACCAGAAGACUCCAAGAUGAAAUAUAAAGAACUGACUAAGAAUGAACAGAUGUUAGCAUUUUCCAUAGUAGAGGGCAAUACAUUUAAAUUUCAACUAGACGAUACUACUGAUGAUCCAUUACAGAAAAUACCCAAAGAUGAAAAUUUAUACAACUAUUUACUUAAAAAUUCUAAUCAACAUGAUCUGAGGAAGGUUAUUUGGUUCUCACAACGCAUUAGUAAUCAAAGUUUAUACGAAAAGAUGAAAGAGCUACAUAAAAUUAGGACAGAACUAUCAGAAUUAAGAGGAUACGAUAAUUACCUAAAUUACAUUCAGCAGGAGUGUAUAUUAAGUAAUAGUAAUGAUGUGUAUGAGUUUUUAAUAAAUUGUUCAAAGUUAUUAAAGCCCUGUUUGUUCAAUGAUCUUGACCAAUUAUUACAAUACAAACAGUUGAUACAUGAAAACAGGUCGAAAAAAGACAUGGAUAUUUCUGAACAGCAACUACACCCAUGGGAUGUAGAAUAUUUGAUUAACAUGUCCAGAAAUGAAAGGAACGUAAAUAUAUCACUCCUAUCACUGAUUACUUACUUUAACAUUUUAUUAAACAAGCUGUUCAACAUAACUAUUGAGCCAUCUGAAUCUCAAGAAACGUUUUACGAUGAGAAUGUGAUAAAGUAUAAUUUAGUAAAGGACGGAAAGGUGAUUUCAAGUUUAUAUUUGGACUUGUUCGAGAGAUUAAAUAAACAUAGCAUAUCAGCCCAGUUCACAAUUAGAUGUUCGAAGAAAAUUAACACCAAAAACAAGAAUAGCAUGUACAUUUUAAAUUUGGUCCACGAAAAUAACUUUGUAAACCAGCGUUCUUUUAUUAAACAACUGCCAUCAUCCAUUAUCGUAUUAUCAUUACAAAAUGUCAAUCCUAAGAAAAGUAACAUGGAAGAAAUAUUGAAAACAACAAAAAUUGACAUAUACAACGGAGAAAUUAUAUUCCAUGAACUAGGACAUAUAUUGCAUACUCUACUAAGUGAUACGCACUAUCAACACUUAUCAGGAAAUCGUGGAGCUAUUGACUACGCGGAAUUCUCAUCACAUUUAUUGGAGUUGUUUUACUCAAACUAUUUGGAUGAUAUAAUAUAUAUCGACAAGAAUAUUAAUGAAUAUGAUAAGGAUAAUUUGUUAAUAAAUAAAGAAAAUUUAACAGUUUUUGGAGAUGACUAUAAGUUGUAUAACUCAGUUGAUUUAUCAAAGAUUUUGAUGCUUUCAAUUAUUGAUCAGAGGUUUUAUGGGAGUGAAGACGAUUGGUACAAGAUUGAAAAGAGCAUGAAUUAUGAUGAUAUUUUUAAAGACUUUCACAUGUUUAAUGAGAAAUUCAAUGAUUACCCAGUUUAUCAACUCUUAUCACCUAAUUGUAUAACUAAUUUUGAUCACCUGAUACACUACGGAGGGAAUUACUAUUGCUACAUUUACUCAAAGAUUCUAUCACUUAAAGUUUUUAAAACUUUUAAUGAUUUAAAGUUUGAAGAAGUAGGAAACCGUCUGUUAACUUUUUUCCAAAAUGGCUCAAUUGAUUCUAGUAUUAAUCCAAUUAAUAAAUUGGCGAAGACUGAUUUAAAUAAGUUGUCAGAUUUACUCUUUUAAGUUUGUUUCCCAAAUGAA